GGGCGGGCGCGCACCAUGCCCUCCUUCGACGAGACGCUGCAGCGGGCCGGCGAGUUCGGGCGCUUCCAGCGGCGCGUGUUCCUGCUGCUGUGCCUGACGGGCGUCACCUUCGCCUUCCUCUUCGUCGCCGUGGUCUUCCUGGGCAGCCAGCCCGACCGCUUCUGGUGCCGCGGGCCGAGCGCCGCCGCGCUGGCCGAGCGCUGCGGCUGGAGCCCCGAGGAGGAGUGGAACCGCACGGCGCCCGAGCGCCGGGGCCACGGCGCCUGCCAGCGCUUCCAGCUCGAGGGCCCCGCCAACGCCUCGGGCCCCGCGCUCAGCUGCAGCGACCCGCUCGCCGCCUUCCCCAACCGCACGGCGCCGCUCGUGCCCUGCCAGGGCGGCUGGCGCUACGCCCAGGCCCACUCCACCGUCGUCAGCGAGUUUGACCUCGUGUGUGUCAAUGCUUGGAUGCUGGACCUCACGCAAGCCAUCCUAAACCUGGGCUUCCUAGCCGGCGCGUUCACCUUGGGCUAUGCAGCAGACAGGUACGGCAGGAUCGUCAUCUACUUGAUAUCCUGUUUCGGGGUGGGCGUCACCGGCGUGGUGGUGGCGCUUGCUCCCAACUUCCCCGUGUUUGUGGUCUUCCGCUUCCUACAAGGCGUGUUUGGAAAGGGGACAUGGAUGACUUGCUACGUGAUCGUGACAGAAAUCGUCGGUUCGAAGCAAAGGAGGAUUGUGGGGAUCGUGAUUCAGAUGUUUUUCACCCUUGGGAUCAUAAUUCUCCCUGGAAUCGCCUACUUUAUCCCCAACUGGCAGGGAAUCCAGCUGGCCAUAACGCUGCCCAACUUUCUCUUCCUCCUUUAUUACUGGGUGGUCCCCGAGUCUCCCCGCUGGCUGAUUACGCGGAAGGAAGGAGAUAAAGCACUAAAAAUUCUAAGGAGCAUCGCCGAGUGCAAUGGGAAAUAUCUCUCGCCCAAUUACUCAGAGAUCACUGUUACAGAUGAGGAAGUUAGUAAUCCAUCCUUUUUAGAUCUGGUGAGAACUCCCCAAAUGAGGAAGUGCACACUUAUACUUAUGUUUGCUUGGUUCACCAGCGCGGUGGUGUACCAAGGGCUCAUCAUGCGCCUGGGGCUCAUAGGCGGCAACCUGUACCUCGACUUCUUCAUCUCGGGGGUCGUGGAGCUGCCGGGCGCCCUGCUCAUCCUCCUGACCAUCGAGCGUUUCGGACGGCGUCUCCCCUUUGCAGCCAGCAACAUCGUGGCGGGAGUGGCGUGCCUGGUCACCGCAUUCUUGCCUGAAGGAAUUCCAUGGUUGAGGAGCACGGUUGCUACCUUGGGAAGACUGGGGAUAACCAUGGCCUUUGAAAUUGUCUACUUGGUGAAUUCAGAAUUGUACCCAACAACACUACGAAACUUUGGAGUUUCACUCUGCUCCGGUUUAUGUGACUUUGGGGGGAUCAUAGCCCCGUUUCUGCUCUUCCGACUGGCAGCCGUUUGGCUGGAACUGCCGCUUAUCAUUUUUGGUAUCCUGGCAUCUGUCUGUGGUGGCCUCGUGAUGCUUUUGCCUGAAACCAAGGGUAUCGCCUUGCCGGAGACAGUGGAUGAUGUAGAAAAGCUUGGCAGUCCACUUUCCUAUAAAUGCUGCAGGAGAAAGAAGUCCCCCGUUUCCAGCCCUCACCUCUGAGGCCCCGCCGCAGACCCCAGGAAGGAGCCGCUGGCCCACCCCGGGAGCCGCCGCGCCCUGCAGACCGGGGUCUGCCCCGCGGCACCGCGCUGUGUGGCUCCAGCGAUCUUAAUUCUUUGCAAAGACAUUCUAACUCUCCAGAGUAUUUUUAUAUAACGUUGGAGAAGGCCUCUGACCCAGCAGUUACAGAGACCAGAGAAGCCGGCUCCAUCAGCAGUGCAGGAGGAGCAAACCAGGGAUCUGGGAGAAGCGGACAGAAAUGGGGUCAUCAGUUCUGAUCGAGGAGCCAAGGCUUUGGGACAAGUGUUCUGAAGACUCCCGGGAGGACGAAGAUUUGGGGGUUCUACAAUGAAGACGCUGCGACACACGGACUGAGCCUUGAGCUCCGGGAGCCCCGGUAGCAUCGGGGUUGUGGACGUGUUCAGACCUCAUUUCGCAAAUAAGCACAAAUCUGCAGUGUGACCUGAGGAAUCAGCUCUGCUAUUUAUAAAGUCAGGGUGGGUGCUGAGCUGACUUGGGCUGGUUCUGGUCCUCGGUGGUGGACACCUAAGGGCACAUACUCUUUACUGAACAAAACCCAUGGACUAUGAUUUCAUGGGUCGUAAGAUUUUAAGCAUAAAGGGAUAUUUAUCUUAUACUUGUGAAUUCAGUCCUAUGGCGGUGCCCCCGGUCAAGAGAGAAAAUUAUGGAGAGUUCUCAUUCAAUCUUGACCGUUUCACUUGCUUGGGGAAGUAGCUUCCAUUUUAAUUGAAAGGAAAGGUCAACUAUAGCCAAGCUUAGAACAAUUAGCAGAAACUUUUUAAGUGACUUCAUAGACAUUAAUAAGGUAUCUGAUGUUCCUUUUUUGUUACUGAGACAUUUGAAAUAUGGAGCUUAAAUAAAACACGGGCUCUCUUUUUCUGAUCUUGUACAUGUCUUACGUGGUAUAUUUUCAGAUUCACUGUAUACUUUAUGCAGAGUCUUUUAAUGAAUUGUUUUGUGUGGACACCAAAGGAAAACCUGGCCAAUAGGAAGGAAACCUCUCUGAGCACCUGUGCGCACGGUGUGUGCCGGUUGAACAUGCUCCAGUCCCUGGAGCUGGUCCGAAGGGAGGGUGAGGCUCCUGUUUCCUGACGAAACGAGCCCAGCGCCUUGAGCCUGCGGUGCUGUGUUCUCCCUUCACCCAUGUGCUUUCUUGGCAUUUCCUUGCUGUAGGAUGGCUGUUGUCCCUUGGCACUAUCACCUUGAAUUGUAUUUGGGUUGAUACCUUGGUUCUGAUAACAAUAAAAUUUU